AUGGUUCACUCGAAAGAAGAUCUGUCGUUCUCGACCAACUGCUGCAACUUCCUGUCGAUAUUGAAACGUAAAGUAUGUAAAUUUCAAAACCAUAAAGCUAUAUUGCUUAUAACCAUCAUAAUGUUAUACCUUUUCGGAGCAUUUACCCAUGUUUUCGAGCUAAAUUACGAUACCGAUUUCAAUUACCCUUUGAAACAAAACAUAGUCGAAUGUGUUCAAGCAUUAGCAGCUGAAAAACCACUCCCACAUUGUAAUAUUAUCAACUCGUACAAUUACUCUUUCAUAAUCAACAAUGAGAAGAAAUGUAUUCGGUCAGAUAACUCCUCGAUUAGACUAGUCUUGAUAAUAAAAUCAGCUAUUGAUAAUUUCGGCCGCAGAUUAGCCAUACGAAACACCUGGGGAUACGAAGAACGUUUCUACGAUGUUGGAGUAAAACGUAUCUUUAUGUUGGGUGCGACUCGAAAUAGAACAAUUUUACAAGCGAUAAGCAACGAACAAGAAGAAUUUGGAGAUAUAGUUCAAGCCGAUUUCUUCGAUACUUAUUAUAACAAUACGAUCAAAACAAUGAUGGCAUUUAAAUGGGCUGUUAAAUAUUGCGACGCGAAAUUCUACCUAUUUAGUGACGACGAUAUGUACAUUUCGGUGAAAAAUAUCCUCAGAUUUAUUCGUAACCCGACCGAAUACCCCCAAUACUUGCAACGAUCCAAUGAUAAAGAAGUUGACAAACAUUUGAAUAAGGUUACAGAGUAUGAUUUGCCCGAAGGGGUGAAAUUAAUAUCCGGGUUUGUUUCGUUUUCUUCUCCUCAUCGGCACCAGUGCAGUAAAUGGUAUGUUUCUUUGGAUGAAUACCCGUAUCAUAAAUGGCCCCCUUAUGUAUCAGCUGGUUCAUAUAUUGUUUCGAGAGAGGCGUUGAAGGAAAUGCAUUAUGCUAGUUAUUAUACUCAACAUUUUCGAUUUGAUGAUAUUUAUAUCGGUUUGUUGGCUAAAAAAUUGGGUAUCGAGAUGUUCCACUGUCCUGAAUUUUAUAUAUUUAAGAAAAUUUACGAUAAGAGUAGUUUUAAAUAUGUGUUAAGUUCGCACGGUUACCAUUCUAGUGAAUUGAUUAAAAUAUGGAAUGAACAGAAAAUGAUGGGUAAUGCUUGAUGUUUGUAGUGUUUUGAGAUAGGUAUUCUUUUUUAGCUGUGAUCAUUUUUAAAUACGUGUAUUUUUUCAACUCAAUGCUAUAAUGUGAUUAUCCUUUAAAUUUUACAUAAAAUGCUCUUUUUAUAGAUCUGAUUAUAUCAAAUUUCUAGUUCUCAUUAGGUAUUUAUAUUUUAAGGUUGUUUUUUUUUUUUUUUUUUUUUUAAUGAAUGUUGAGAAUUUUCUUUGAUUGAUGUAUUGUGAUUUGCGUGUUUUUUGUGAAUGCUUGUGGUUAUUUAUUUUGAUAAAUUAAAUAUUCAUUUUU